AUGGGCCGCUUCGGGAUCCUUGCAACCCUCCUUCCCCUAAUAGCGUCCCUAGCAGGGACGUCCAGCAUCCCCCGAGACUUGCAGCCGGCCCCCGUCACCCGCGCCCGACUGAGUGCCGCCCAGGUGCAGCGGGAGCUGGGACGGCAUCUCUCCGCCACGACGUCCAUCUUUGGCCCUAGCGAUGAUCGGUAUACCAAUGCCACGGAGCGGUGGAACACCUUUGCCGUGCCCCAUAUCCAGGUCGUCAUUGAACCCGGCCAGGAACGCGACGUUUCCAUCAUCGUCCGAUAUUGCAACGACAACAGCAUCGAGUUCUUAGCUAUCAACGGCGGUCAUGGCGACACCCAGAGCCUCGGCUCCUUCAACGGCAUCCAGAUCAACAUGGCCAAUUUCCGCGACAUUGCCAUCCAGCCGGACGGUAAAUCAGCCUGGUUCGGUGGCGGUGCCAAAGACGGGGACGUUCAGAGCUACCUCUGGGACCAUGGCUACGUGACCACGACGGGUUCCUGCGAUUGCGUCGGUCUCCUGGGCGCCGGGCUCGGGGCGGCCACGGCCGCCACGAGGGCCUAUACGGCAUGGCUCGUCCGGGUCAACGCCACCAGCCACAGUGACCUCCUCUGGGCGAUGCGAGGCGCUGGCCACAAUUUUGGGAUCGUCACGAGCUUUGAGAUGAACAUCUUCCCCCGGGGACCGGACACCUGGCACUACCACAACUACCUGUGGCGCGGGGAGCAUCUCGAGGCCAUCUUCGCCGCGCUCAACGAGCUGCAGGGCAACGGGACGACGCCAGUAGACAUGACGAUCAACUUUGGCAACUUCCUGAUGAACACCACCGUUGCCACCGACGAACCAGUCAUUUUCUGGACAUUCGCCUACCGGGGGUCUGCCGAGGUGGCGGAGAAGUACCUGGCCCCCUUUAACGCGAUCGAGGCCGUCUACGACGAGUCGGGCGAUGUGCCCUACCCCGAGAUCUCCGUCGCCCAGCAGACUGACGUGGAUGCGUUUAUCUGCGGCGACAACAACGUCCGCAUCACGGCCACCGCCGGUCUCCAGGUCUACAACCUGACCGCUGAGCGCCUCAUCUUCGACGGUUUCACCCGACGCGUCCAAGAGCACCCGGAGCUCGUCCCCGGCGCCGUGAUUUUGCAUGAAGGGUACUCGACCGAGGCCGUCGACGCCCAGAAUCCCAACGACUCAGCCUACCCCUUCCGCGCGGAUCACCACCUCAUGCUCUUCCAGACCAUCAUCCCCCCCAAUAAUGCGUCCAUUGAGCGCGCCGUCUGGGAGUGGGCGGGCGAAGUGCGCGACCAGUGGAAUGAGGGCCAGCCGGGCCGAUUGCCCAACGCGUACGUCAACUAUGCCAAUGGGUUUGAGCCGCUGCAGCAAAUGUAUGGCCACGAGCCGUGGCGACUCCAGCGGCUCAAGGCCCUCAAGCGCAAGUAUGACCCGGCGAACCGCUUCCGCUACUACAACCCCAUCGUUCCCAGCGAGGCGCAUUAA